CCCUCAUCCAACCCUUCCCCCUCCCUCUUUUCCCUAUCCCCCCCAUCUCUCUCCGUUCUAGGGUUUUUGGAGCUCUCCUCUCCCUCGUCUCGCGCCACCACCAUGAGCGACAACAAGGGCGAUCUCAACCUCUCCGAUCUCGCCGCUUCUCUCCCCGCCGCCACCUCUGCUCUGAGCGCGGAAGAUCGGGAGGGUCUCGUCAAUGCUCUCAAGAAUAAGUUGCAGGGAUUGGCGGGGCAACACGUGGAUGUGCUCGAGAACCUCACCCCGAAGGUCCGGAAGCGUGUUGAGUUCCUAAGGGAGAUCCAGACCCAACAUGACGAGCUGGAGGCAAAAUUUUUUGAGGAAAGAGCUGCACUUGAAGCUAAGUAUCAGAAGCUAUACGAGCCACUCUACACCAAGCGUUAUGAAAUUGUGAAUGGUCUGGUUGAAGUUGAAGGAGUCGUGAAAGGAGGCACUGAUGAAACCCCUGCGGAGGAUAAAACCACUGAAGAUGUUAAAGGUGUGCCUAAUUUCUGGCUUACUGCAAUGAAGACUAAUGAAGUUCUCGCUGAGGAGAUCCAGGAGCGUGAUGAAGGAGCUCUACAAUAUCUUAAGGAUAUCAAAUGGUGUAGGAUGGAUAGUCCAAAGGGUUUCAAGCUGGAAUUUUUCUUCGACGAAAACCCCUAUUUCAAGAAUACCGUGUUGACAAAAACAUAUCACAUGAUUGACGAGGAUGAGCCGAUUCUGGAGAAAGCUAUUGGCACCGAAAUUGAGUGGUUUCCUGGUAAAUGCUUGACUCAAAAGAUUCUAAAAAAGAAGCCGAAGAAGGGAUCGAAGAACACCAAGCCUAUCACGAAAACUGAAAACUGUGAGAGCUUUUUUAACUUCUUCAGUCCUCCUCAAGUCCCUGAUGAUGAAGAAGAAAUCGAUGAGGAUACUGCUGAGCAAUUGCAAAACCAGAUGGAGCAGGACUAUGAUAUUGGGUCAACUAUAAGAGACAAGAUCAUUCCACAUGCUGUCUCAUGGUUCACAGGAGAGGCCGCCCAAGGGGAAGAAUUCGAGGCCAUAGAGGAGGAUGAUGAAGAUGAUGAGGACGAUGAAGAUGAAGAAGAUGAAGAGGAAGAGGAUGAGGACGAAGAUGAAGAUGAGGAUGAUGGGGAAGAUGAGAAGGAGAAAAGCAAAAUUAGGAAGAAGAAGAGUGGGGUAGCUCCUAAAGGAGGCGAAGGGAAGCAGGUGGAGCGGCCUGCUGAAUGCCAGCAACAGUAGAACAUCUCGUAUACGGAUCCCGCUUCCAAGAGUAAUUGGUGCGCUUGAAUGAGUUAUCGACUGAAUUCUAUUCUGAUUCUCAUUUUAUGAAGGAAUUGGUCUAGUAGUCGUGGUUGGUUGUCCUGGUGGUGCCCUGUUUAUUUAUUUCGGCGUAUUUGUGGGAUUUUUUUUAACUUAUUUUUAUUUUUUAUUGUUUCCGUUUUAUAGUUUAUGUGAAGAAUAGCUUGCAGACUGUCAUUGUGUGCUUUCUGCGUUGUGAAUGCUUCUUGUCAUUCUGUUAUCAUUCCCCUUAUACUACCAAUUUUGCUUACUUAUUUGAAUAUUAUUACCAGUUCUUAAGAGGGAUUAUGUGAGAAUUUCUAUUUUA